AUGGGAAGUGCCUUGCAUAACUUCUUCAUCAUUGUAGUAAAUACAGAAUUUAUAAUUGGUAUUGUGGGGAAUGGAUUUAUAAUACUGGUGAACUGCAUUGACUGGCUCAAGAAACGAAAGAUCUCCUCAGUUGAUCGAAUCCUCACUGCUUUGGCAAUCUCCAGAAUUUGUGUAAUUUGGAUGGAAAUGAUGACUUGGUUUGCAAAGGAUUUUUAUCCAUCUUCAUUUAUGAAUAAAAAGGAAGCUAUAUAUGUUAUUCUGGGGGUGGUAGCCAGUUAUUUGAGUAACUGGUUUGCCACAGGCCUCAGCCUCUUUUAUUUUCUCAAGAUAGCCAAUUUCUCAAAUCCUGUUUUUCUUUGCCUAAAGCACAGAGUUAAAAUGGUAGUUCAGGUAAUGUUGCUGGGAGCAUUAGUGUUCUUGCCUUUGAAUAUUAGUAUGGCAAGUAUGUAUAUUAACAUCCAGAUACAUCCAUAUGAAGGAAAUACGACUUUGAGUUUCAAAAGGAGUAAUACUGAAAACUUUACAAAACUGAUCAUAUUAAUUGUGGGAGACAUUCUACCCUUUUUAAUAUUCCUGAAUUCCUUUAUCCUGUUAAUUGUCUCCCUGUGGAAACAUCUCAAGAAUAUGAAGCACAGUGCAAAGGGAUUCGGAGAUCUCCACCUCAAGGCCCAUAUAAGAGCCAUGAAAAGUGUGAUGUCUUUUCUCUUACUGGUUGUUGUUUAUAUCCUGUCUAUUUUCAUAACAGUUUUCUGUUCUGAGAUGAUGCAGAACAAACUGGUCUUUUGGCUUGACCAGAGUAUUAUGAAUUUUUAUCCUUCAGUUCACUCGUUUAUCCUGAUUCUGGGAAAUGGGAAGUUAAGGAAGGCUUCCCUUGCAGUGCUGCAGCAGUGGAAGUGCUGUUGGAGAGCAUCAUAUGUGACCUAG